GGAGAAAUCCAUUGCUGUGCUCUGCACACCCCAUUCUGCUUUGCCAUGGGGAUGAAAGAAUUAGCAGUAUGGAUUGUAAGUCUCUCGGUGGCAUGUGCUUUGAGAGUGUCUCUGAAACCAGCAAGAGCUCCCAACCACAACAACAGAAUCUGUAGCACCUGGGGAAACAGCCAUUUUAAGACCUUUGAUGGAGAUGUCUACCAGUUUACUAGCACCUGUGACUACAACUUUGCCUCUGACUGUCAUAACUCGCUUCCCGAGUUUUCUGUUCACAUCCAGCGGGCAGAUACAGAGGGCAAACUUCUCAUUGAAUCUGUGGUGAUAACCAUCAAAGAUUAUGUCAUCUUCUUGACUAAGGACACUGCUGUUGUCAAUGGGGAAAAAGUCUCCAAUGCCUUCUAUGGACCUAGACUUUUACUGGAAAGAAGCCACAGCUACACCAAGCUUUUUGCUAAGAUGGGGCUCAUUUUCAUGUGGAAUGGCGAAGAUGCACUUAUGGUGGAACUGGACACUGAAUUCCAAAAUCGAACCUGUGGUUUGUGUGGCGAUUACAAUGGAAUUCAAGUGUACAAUGAGUUUAUUUCAAAAGAUGAAUCUUUCACCCCAAUCCAGUUUGGAAAUCAGCAGAGAAUUUACAAACCCAAUGAAAACUGUGAAGAUCCAGUUGAAAUGGAUACUGUGGUGGACUGCAGCAUGCAUAGGGACAAGUGUGAAAUCUUACUGAGUGAGAGUGCUUGGGCAGAUUGCUUGAGUCGCGUGAAUAAAGAAGUCUUCAUUCAGGCUUGCAUGAAGGACAUGUGCAACUGUCCAAACUCUGCGAGUGAUUUCUGCCUCUGUGGCACACUUUCUGAAUUAUCAAGGCAGUGCUCCCAUGCUGACGGCAAACCUGGGGACUGGAGGAGUGACAGCUUCUGUCCCAAGAAAUGUCCAUUCAACAUGAUCUACGAAGAGAGCCAUUCUCCAUGUUUGGAUACCUGUUCUAAUCAGGAUGCCAGCAAACUGUGUGAAGAACAUGCUAUGGACGGCUGCUUUUGCCCCCCAGGAAUGGUUCUGGAUGACCUUUCAAAUACUGGUUGCAUACCGGUCACAGAGUGCAAAUGCUCACUGCAUGACACACAGUUCAACCCAGGAGAGAUCGUCAAGCAGGAGUGUGAGGAAUGCCUGUGUAACGCCGGCAAAUGGAUGUGUAAGAACCUGCCAUGUUCUGCAACCUGCUCUGUGGAAGGUGGAACCCACAUCACCACCUUUGAUGGAAAGUCCUAUACUUUCCAUGGCAACUGCUACUACAUCCUGACAAAGAUUCCUGGAGACAAGGGCUUCACUGUUUUAAUAGAACUAAUUCCAUGUGGCACUCAGCAGCUGGAUGCUUGUAUGAAAACUAUGGUACUUCUGCCAGAUAACAACAGGAACAACGCAUUGUCUUUUAAAGCAGACGGGAGAGUUUUUCAGAAUAAUGCUGAAAUCCACUUACCAUACGUAACAGCCAACAUUAAGAUCUUCAAGCCUUCAUCUUUUCACAUCAUGAUCCAGACAGAGGCUGGCCUUCAGAUUCAACUACAACUGGUUCCCAUAAUGCAAAUUUACAUUGCAUUGGAUCAGUCCAACAAAAAAAAGAUGGAAGGUCUUUGUGGAAACUACAAUGAUGCCCAGGCUGACGAUUUCAUGACAUUCCAAGGAAUAGUGGAGGGCACAGCUGCCUCCUUUGCCAACACAUGGAAAGCCCAGAGCAGCUGCCCAGACCAGAAGGACCACUUGGAAGAUCCGUGUGCCAUCAGUGUGGAGAAUGAACAAUAUGCUGAACACUGGUGUUCUGCACUUCGGGAUGAAAAAGGAGACUUUUUUAAAUGUCAUGCUAUGGUUGACCCUCAAGAAUACUAUAAGAAAUGCAAAUACUCCACCUGCAGCUGUGAGAAGAGUGAAGACUGCUUGUGUGCAGCACUGUCCUCAUAUGUGAGGGCCUGUAUGGCUAAGGGCAUCACCUUGGAAGGGUGGAGAAAGAAUGUCUGUGUUAAGUAUGCAGAAAGCUGUCCUGCUACACAAAUCUUCUCCUAUGGUAUAAAGAGCUGCCCACAGACCUGCCACUCCCUCAGUAUGGGUAGUCAGGCUUGCACUAUGAAUUUCAAACCCGUGGAUGGAUGCUCCUGCCCAGAAGGUUUGUACCAGAAUGACCAAGGGAGCUGUGUGCCCAAGGCAAAGUGCCCAUGCUACCAUAAAGGAGAUUGGGUUAAACCUGGAAAGUCUAUAAUGAUACAAGAUGAAAGAUGCACUUGUGCAAGUGGGAGGAUGCAUUGCCAAGUUUCAGCACGCAUGAUAGAAGAAUCUCUCUGUACUGCUCCAAUGGUCUAUGUUAACUGCAGUAAUGCUAAGCUUGGUACAUCUGGAGUGGAGUGCAGGAGGACCUGUCAUAACAAAGAUGGAAUCUGUUAUGCUGUGGAGUGCCAGUCAGGUUGUGUGUGCCCUUCAGGAAUGAUUGAUGAUGGCAGAGGCAACUGUGUUAAGGAAUUUCAAUGUCCCUGUAUUCACAAUGGAGCAUAUUACUACGAUGGAGCACACAUCAAGGUCAAGUGCAACACAUGCGUCUGUAAGAGUGGUAGUUGGCAAUGUGAAAAUAAGAAGUGCCCCGGAACUUGUACCAUUUAUGGAGGAGGACACUACAUUACUUAUGAUGGCCUGCGUUAUGAAUUUGAAGGAGACUGUGAAUACAUUGCAACACAGGACAACUGUAAAGAUCCAUCCAAGAAUAGCACCUUCAGUGUCAUCACUGAAAACGUGCCUUGUGGAACAACUGGUGUGACUUGCUCAAAAUCCAUCAAAGUUUAUCUUGGGGAAACUGAACUUAAACUGGGCGAUGGAAAAGUUCAGCUCCAGCCACUUAAAAAAGAACAAAAAGUAACCUAUAAGGUCCACAGGAUUGGCAUAUACUAUGCUGUUGAAACUGACAUUGGACUUACUCUUUUAUGGGACCGACGGACCACUGUUUACAUCACUCUAGCCCCAGAUUACAAGGGACAAGUCUGUGGUUUAUGUGGAAACUUUGAUGACAACACGAAAAAUGACUUUACCACUAGAAAUCAGGUCAUUGUGGUGAGCCCAAUGGAAUUUGGGAACAGCUGGAAGGUUUCCAGUUCCUGUCCUAAUGUUGAUGUUGACGUAGACCCCUGUUCCAUCUCUCCUCACCGAAAGAACUGGGCACAAAUGCAAUGUAAAAUCCUUUUGGGUGAUGUGUUCAAGGCUUGUCACUGCAUGGUGAACCCUCUUCCUUACUAUGAGGCGUGUGUUCAUGAUUCCUGCGCCUGUGAUGCUGGAGGAGACUGUGAGUGCCUCUGCACAGCCAUUGCUGCUUAUGCUGCAGCCUGCAAUCAUGUUAACGUGUGCAUAAACUGGAGAAAUGAAGACCUCUGCCCUGUCUGCUGUGAAAGUCAAAAUCACACAAAUGCUUGCGAGUGGCACUAUAGUCCGUGCCAUACUGGCUGCUAUAAAACCUGUGAAAAUCCACAUGGCAUCUGCAAUUCUACAUUCCCACAUUUGGAAGGAUGCUUCCCUCAGUGUCCUCCAGAUAGACCAAUCUUCCAUGAGAAAAAUAAUACCUGCGUAGCUGAAGAGAAGUGUGGUUGUGAAAUCAACGGCAACCACUAUAACCCUGGUGACAAAGUUCCCACUGAUGAACCAUGUGUGGAAUGUAUUUGCACAUCAUAUGAGGGUAAAAAGUGCAUCAGAGAUGAAACUUGCAUCCCAAAUUGUAGUUGGACAGAAUGGUUUGAUGAGCACUACCCAGAUAAUACAGGAGAAUACGAAUUAGUAGAAAAUAUUAAAGAUCUGAAAUGUGAAAAAAUUGAGAAGGUGGAAUGCAGAUCUGUCCCCUUUCCUGAAAUAAGCCUAGAGGAUCUGGGCCAAACAGUCACAUGUGACAAUAAAGGACUGACAUGCUACCAUAAAAAUCAGACAAAGUUCCCACCAAAAUGUUAUAACUAUGAAAUACGAGUAUGGUGCUGCACUCCAUGUGAAACAACGCCAAACACUCCCACAAGCACAGAAAGUACCACAACUCCAACCACCACCACAACAACAGAAUCUCCAACCACCAUCAUAAUAGAACCUACAACAACUCCAACCACUACCACAACAGAAUCUACAACAACUCCAACCACCAUCAUAACAGAACAUAUAACAACUCCAACCACCACCACAACAGAAUCUACAACAACUCCGACCACCACCACCACAACAGAAUCUACAACAACUCCAACCACCACCACCACAACAACAACAGAAUCUACAACAACUCCAACCACCACCACAACAACAACAGAAUCGACAACAACUCCAACCACCACCACAGAAAGUACAACAACUCCAACCAGCACCACCACAACAACAACUACAACAACAGAAUCUACAACAACUCCAACCACAACAACAGAAUCUACAACAACUCCAACCACCACCACCACAACAGAAUCUACAACAACUCCAACUACAACAACAGAAUCUACAACAACUCCAACCACCACCACAACCACAGAAUCCACCACAACUCCAACCACAACAACAGAAUCCACAACAACUCCAACCACCACAACAACAGAAUCUACAACAACUCCAACCACAACCACAACAACAGAAUCUACAACAACUCCAACCACCACCACCACAACAGAAUCUACCACAACUCCAACUACAACAACAGAAUCUACAACAACUCCAACCACCACCACAACCACAGAAUCCACCACAACUCCAACCACAACAACAGAAUCCACAACAACUCCAACCACCACAACAACAGAAUCUACAACAACUCCAACCACAACCACAGAAUCCACAACAACUCCAACCACAACCACAGAAAGUACAACAACUCCAACCACAACCACAGAAAGUACAACAACUCCAACCACCACCACGACAACAACAGAAAAAUCCACAACAUCUCCAACCACAACAACAGAAUCAACAACAACUCCAACCACCACCACAACAGAAUCAACAACAACUCCAACCACCACCACAACAACAGAAUCUACAACAACUCCAACCACAACCACAGAAAAAUCUACAACAACUCCAACCACCACUACAACAACAGAAUCUACAACAACUCCAACCACAACCACAGAAAGUACAACAACUCCAACCACCACGACAACAACAGAAUCUACAACAACUCCAACCACCACCACCACAACAACAGAAUCUACAACAACUCCAACCACCACCACGACAACAACAGAAUCUACAACAAGUCCAACCACCACCACCACCACAACAACAGAAUCUACAACAACUCCAACCACCACCACCACCACAACAACAGAAUCUACAACAACUCCAACCACCACCACAACAACAGAAUCUACAACAACUCCAACCACCACCACGACAACAACAGAAUCUACAACAAGUCCAACCACCACCACCACAACAACAGAAUCUACAACAACUCCAACCACAACCACAGAAAGCACAACAACACCAACCACCACCACAACAACAACUACAGAAUCUACCACAACACCGACCACCACCACAACCACAGAAACAACUACAACACCAACUACUACCACAACACCAAUUAUGACAACACCAGAAUUUUGUCCACCUGGAGAGAUUAUUGAGAUCUGUAACUGCACCAUGGUAAUGUGUCUUGAAAACAACACCCUUCAGUAUAUUCCUUAUAAUUGUACCCCACCUGAGAAAUUCACUUGUGCAAGUGGAAGGCCUUCUAACACUGUAAUGGAUGAAAAAUUCUGCUGCAAAACAGAGGUUUGUGAUUGUUACUGCACUGGCUUUGGAGACCCACAUUACAUUACAUUUGAUGGACAAUACUAUAGUCAUCAAGGGAACUGUACCUAUCUGCUAGUAGAAGAGAUUCAUUCCAAUUAUGACAAUUUCAAGAUUUACAUUGAUAACGUUCAUUGUGAUAUUCGUGACCGAGUGUCUUGUCCACGCUCCAUCAUUGUAUCCUUUGAAAGCCUGGUCAUUGAAUUGAAGAACAUGGAAACAAACGGGCGUGUGAAACUGAAGGUAAGCGAGGAUAGAAAAGAAGUGCAGCUGCCAUUCAAGAGAUAUGGAAUGAAGGUUUACAGCUCAGGUCUGAACCUCAUUCUCGAAAUCCCAAAAGCAGAUAUAGAAGUGACCUUCAAUGGAAUUGCCUUUACAAUUAAGUUGCCUUACCAGAAAUUUGGAAACAAUACUCAAGGACAAUGCGGAACCUGCAACAACAACAGAGCUGAUGACUGCCUACUGCCAGGUGGACAGCUUGUGGACAGUUGUGAGGUGAUGGCGGACUACUGGCUUGUGAAAGACCCCAAUAAGGCUCAUUGCACCCCCCCAACGCUGCUACCAACUGUCCCUCCAUCAAAACCUACUGUGAAACCCACUGGAGUACCAUGCACUGCCAACUCCCUCUGCCAGAUUAUCAAAAGCAGUGUGUUUGAAGACUGUCACAAAUUACUGUCUCCAGAUCCUUACUAUAAAGCUUGUAUUUUUGAUGGCUGUGCAAUGCCACACACAGAUAUUGAGUGUUCCAGUCUGCAGAACUAUGCUUCCAUGUGUUCCAGCGUGGGUGUUUGUUUGUACUGGAGAAAUUUCACCAACAACAGAUGUCCAUCCACCUGUCCUGCAACAAAAAUAUAUAAGCCCUGUGGACCAGUGGAACAAGACACUUGUACACAACGGUCAACUGAUGUUAGCAACCUGAAGACAGAAGGAUGUUUCUGCCCAGAUGGAACCACUUUGUUCAGUCCAAACUCUGACAUCUGCGUGAAGAAAUGUGGAUGCCUUGAUCCCAAUAAUGUACCUCGGGAGUUUGGAGAGAAGUUUGCAUACAACUGCCAGGACUGCAUUUGUGAUGAGGACACAAAGACUGUCAAGUGUGUAGAUCAUUCAUGCCCUGUCAUCCCAGAACCCAACUGCAAUGACCCAGGCUUUGUGCUUUCCAACGAGACAAGUGUGGAUGAUCCUUGCUGCACAGAACUGAUCUGCAGAUGCAACAUUUCUUUGUGCAAACCAAAUGACCUAAAAUGCAGCACUGGAUUCCAGUUAGUUACAAAAAUAGAAGAAGGGAAAUGCUGCCUUGUCUACACCUGUGAGCCAAAGGAUGUUUGUGUCCUCAAUUCUGUGGAAUACCAGGUUGGAGUUCCUGUUCCGCUAGAUAAAUGCCAGACAUGUGUCUGCAGCAAGGAAAUUGAUCCUAAAGAUAAACUACACAUCAUUAACUGUGUGCCUAUGAUAUGUGUUGAGACUUGUGAGCCGGGAUUCAGAUAUCACCCAUCAAAGGAGGAGUGCUGUGGCAAGUGUAUCCAGGAACAAUGUUUUAUACAGUACAAUGGAACCAAUCAGCUGAUCAAGCCUGGUGAAACAUGGUCUCCUGAGCACGAUAAAUGCUCUGUACACAGUUGCAUCCACAUCAAAGAUACCUUCAUAUCAACUGUAGCAAAUAUCGUGUGUCCUCCGUUCCAUCCUGAAAACUGCCAGCCAGGAACUAUACAGACUGCUCCUGAUGGCUGUUGUAAAACAUGUCUGGAGAAGAACAAGUCCUGCAAGCUUCAGACAAUUACCAGCUUUAUAACUGAUAAGGGAUGCAAGUCUUUACAACCCAUUGACAUGACAUUCUGUGAGGGUGCCUGUGACACUUACUCCAAAUACUCUGCCUCAGCAGCCAGCAUGCAGCAUAGAUGUACUUGCUGCCAGGAGGUGAAGACCCACAAUGAAACCAUCAGUUUGGCCUGCAGCGAUGGAACCAUUAAGCCUUAUAAUUACAUCUACGUGGACAAGUGCGACUGUCGCACCACUUCUUGUGGGCCUGACUUCAAGAGAACAAGGACCCGGAGAUACCUUCCGAAAAUUGCAAGUGAGGAGUUUCAUUGAAAACGCUAUAAACACCGGAAUGAAUUUUGUCAUUUUGACCGCGCACUAGUUUUCUGAAUGAAAUCUCUAUUUAUUGUUCUUUCGCUUCAUGUUAUUAAUGUCAGCUGCUAAUUAGUCACUUUUUUCAUGUGUUAAAAGUAGAUGUUAAAGCCUUGCAUAUUAAUCAAUAAAUCUUACUUUCCUAGCAAAUAAAAACAAUGUGAAAUAUUCUUGUCUAA